AUGGAAAAUCCAAAAUUAUUCUACAGCUACAUAAGAAGCAGCACACGAAGCAGAGAUCCAAUCCCCCUCCUGAAGACAAGCGGAGACGUAGAGAUUAGUGAGGAUGGAGAAAAAGCUGAGCACUUUUCGCAAUUUUUCAAAUCCAUCUUUACUAGUGAAAGUCCAUUUACUCCUCCCGACUACGAAUUCGAUGAGGGUCCAAAAAUUGAGUCUGUAUCUUUUGAUGAAGCGACGGUUCGCAAAGAGCUAAUGACGCUAAAUGAGUCGAAAUCACCAGGUCCAGACGACAUACCGUCUAAGUUACUGAAGGAGCUCGCUGCCGAACUAGCCAAACCAUUGUCCAUGCUUUUCCAAGCCUCGUUCGAAGCUGGCUGCUUGCUCGCCGACUGGAAAUCUGCGCGGAUCACACCACUGCAUAAAGGAGGCAGCAAGGCCUCUGCAAACAAUUAUAGGCCAAUUAGCCUCACCUCCAUCUGCUGCAAACUCAUGGAGAAAAUAAUCAAGCGAGAGCUGAUGCGCUUCCUAGAGCAGCAUAAUCUAUUAUCUGAUGCACAACAUGGGUUUCGUAGUGGCAGGUCUUGCGUGACUAAAUUGCUCAACUGUUUGGAACGUUGGACUCGGUCAGUUGAUGAAGGCAAUGCGCUGCAUGUAGUCUAUAUCGACUUUAAAAAGGCAUUUGAUAGUGUCCCACAUCAGCGACUCCUGCACAAACUGAGCCGAACAGGCGUUAGGGGUAACCUCUUAAAAUGGAUUCAAAGCUUCCUAUUAGACCCUUUUCAAACUGUCCAUGUCGGUGGCCAGAAGUCGACGGAGGUUGCCGUUGAAAGCGGUGUUCCCCAAGGCUCAGUUCUUGGUCCUACUUUGUUCAUCAUUUACGUCAACGAUUGCGUGAGUGAACUGGAUUGUGGCGUCGUCAUGUUUGCGGAUGACAUUAAGCUCUGGAGCGUCAUCCGAACUGCAGAUGGCGAAGAGCAUCUGCAGGCGAACCUAAACCGACUCCAACAUUGGUCAAAGGCCUGGCUUCUGCCGUUCAACGAGAAAAAGUGCAAUAUUCUACGAGUCAGCAGAGCUCGCUCUCCGAACCAUAUGGCCUACUGCCUAAAUGGUAUACCACUGCAAGAAGUGGACUCGCAGAAGGACUUGGGAGUAUGGAUUACGACCUCGCUCAAACCCUCGCUGCACUGCACAAAGAUAGCCAAGUCUGCAAUGUCAGUCCUCUACCUUGUCAAGCGGGCUUUCUCUGCCUUUGAUGAAGACUGCUUCGCUAAAGUCUUUCGAACUUUUGUGCGUCCGCAACUAGAAUUUGCUAUCCAAGCUUGGAGACCCUGGACCGCGAAGGACCUCAGCAUCCUUGAAAGGGUUCAAAGGCGUGCAACGAAACUUGUGGCAGGACAGGGUUCACUACCAUAUGUAACGCGGUUAGCUAACCUUGAUCUUUUUCCCUUAAGUUACAGGCAGUUACGGGGUGACCUGAUACAAGCCUUCCGUAUCAUACGCGGUCAGGACUGCAGCCUCGUACCGGGGGACUUCUUCGAGUUAGCAACCACCACAAAUCUACGAGGCCAUCCAUUCAAACUACGUGUGACAGGGGCCAGCCUGGACACACGAAAGUUCUUCUUCUCCAACAGAGUGCUAGAAGCCUGGAAUGCCCUGCCUGUGGAUGUCGUUAUGUCUGCUUCCGUCAAGGUCUUUAAGAGGAAGCUGGAUUUGUGUAGCAGUGUCCACUAA